UUUUGGUUCAUUGGGGUGAAAAAAAAAGACGGGUGUGGGUUGUGGCGCGCGUCAGGGCGGUCAGCUGAUGCACCACAACAACACAACACGGCUGAUCGCCAGGCACUGCCACGUUCGUAGGUGAGUGUCUGGAGUUCAGGCCCCAGGACACCGGCAGCACCAUGUUCCCGGCACUGCGGCACCACGGGGCGGGGCUGCUGAGGUUGUGGAAGGUCAGGCCAUUGCAGACAGCACCCCUCACUAGGCGACUGCUGCACGCUGAGCGGCAGCAACACCGCGGCCUCAUCAAGGUGGAGGGCACAGAGGCAGCAGACUUCCUGCAGGGGCUUGUGACCAAUGACAUGGGCCACCUGGAGGGACAGGCAGCAGGCAUGUACUGUCUCCUGCUCAACAGACAGGGGAGGGUCCUGCAUGACACUAUAAUGUACCGGCGUGGCCCUGGCACCUUCCUGCUGGAGUGUGAUGCUGUGCGGGCCAGCCAGCUGGAGCGCCACCUCAGGAUGCACCGCGUUCGUCGCCGCUUGGCAGUGGAUGACAUCACUAAGGACCUCAGCGUUUGGUGUGUGUUUGAUCCUGAACCUGACCUCACCCAGCUGCUCCCGGUUGAUCCUGAGUCCCUCUAUAUGAACCCCCAUGUGGAGGCUGGGACGGCACUGCCCCUGGAGGGGAAUCCCGGGGAUGUGUUGGUGAUACAGGACCCCAGGAUGCGGCAACUGGGCCAUCGCCUGGUGGUGCCAGCAGCCACAGCAUCACUCAGGAGACUGAUGCCAAUGGUGGAGGAGGAGAAGGGGGAAGGCUUCAGGGUCCUGCGCUACAUGCUGGGGGUGGGAGAGGGGUCUGAAGAGCUUCCCCCCACAAAGUGUCUGCCUCUGGAAGCAAACUGUGACUACCUACAUGGCAUCAGCUUCCACAAGGGCUGCUAUGUGGGCCAGGAGCUCACCGCAAGAACUUUCCACACAGGGGUUGUGAGGAAGCGCCUCCUGCCUCUCAUAUUUUCUGAGGAUGCAUCAGCAGUUUCUCCUGAUGCCACUGUGGUGAAUGAGCAGGGGAAGGCCGUGGGCAAAGUACGGGCCUGCUUAGGUCACUAUGGCUUGGGUCUUCUUAGGGUGGAGGAGUGUCUCUCGGCCAAAAGUUUAACUGUGGAAGAUCACAAAGUGCAGACUUUCCGACCUCCUUGGUGGCCUCUCCAGGCAUCUAAAACCAAACUGAACCAAUAAAGCUUAAUGCAUACUCUGUAAAAGACAGAUCUCAUCCACACCCAAUGAUGAAGUCACUCAGAUUUAGUUGUGUGGGGUUUCUGCACUGGUGCCUUGGUUGCAGUGUGAAGUCUGGUGUUUUAGAUGGUCAUGGCCAGCUGCAAAAAAUGACUGAAAUCUUGGUGAAUGGGUGAUAUGGACAAGGUUGUUAAGGAUAUUGUAUUAAUAGUGUUUUAAUGUAAAGAAAGUUCAUAUUUCCAGCUGAGGUCAUUACCAACAAUGAGUUUAAACUUGUCUACCAUGUAUUGAGCAAUACACUUAACCAGGAAUGUUUUGGGGACUUGCAACUUGACCAUACUAGUUGCAACUUCAGACUUUAAUUGAAGUACUGUAUUUUCUUUACUUGACAGGUGAUGUAAGGUAUAUCUGUUGAUUGAAAAUAAAGAUGUCGGAGGUG